UUUUAUCUCAAUGCACAGGCUGUAGACGACUCACUGUCGGACCUCUUUUCGUUGUGUCGUUUUCAACCACUACUAUUAUCGUAUUUUGAGCAGUCUAGGAACACGAACUAUGACAGAUACUCCAGCAAAAGGCACAGUUCUAAACGGACACCAUGCGGAAAUCCACCGCUACACCUACACCCCUGAAGACCUGGUCAUCCAGUCUUCUCCAUGGGAGAAGUUCAGUCGUAGUAAGGUAAAAUUUAAUAAGUUUGAUGAGGAGUUGUGCAGAAGGUGGGAUGAAGCCAUGGAGGCAGGGAUGUUCCGGUAUAAACUGGACUCUCUACAGACCAAGAUUCUGCCUGGACCCUUGAGAUUCGUCGCACAGUUGAAUGUGAAGAGAGCCCAGGAAAGAAGAGCUCCACAGAACAUUAUAGGAAUGAACCAUCCCUUUGACCCAAAGAAGUUCAACUUCACCAAAAUCAAGCCUGGAGAGGUUGUGUUUGAGCUUUGCCCACAAAGGGACUCAUCUCCUCAGGAGAAUGGAACAAUGGAUACACAUGAUAGAACAACAUCAGAUGAAACACCUGCAAGCAAAAGGGUCAAGAAGUCUGCCCACAUGGUUAUCAUCAAUGUGAGCCCUCUGGAGUAUGGGAAUAUACUGAUGGUGCCUUCAUUACAAGACUGUCUACCCCAGGUGUUGACAGAAGAGGCACUUCUACUGGCAAUGGAGAUGACACUUCUCAGUAAGCACCAGGGUUUCAGGAUGGGGUUCAACAGUUUGUGUGCCUACUCAUCUGUCAAUCAUCUACAUUUCCAUGGUUACUACCUGGAACAUGAGCUGGGGACAGAGAGCUGUGUGACAGUUCCAUUCCACUCUGAUAUCCAUGUUCUCAAUGAUGACUACCCAGCACUGGGGUUCGCAUUCCAACUGAAGGGAAAGGAUGUUACAGGACUGGCAAGACAAGUGUACCAGGUUGCUGACUACCUCCAAAGGCAUGAGAUAGCCCACAAUGUGUUCAUGACCAGGGGAACACAGUUUGGGGAGGAUGCCAACAGUCCCAACAGAACCCUCAGGGUGUACCUGUGGCCCAGGCAGCCUGUAACAGGUGCCAAGAAUGACUUUGUCUUCAACCCUGCACUGUGUGAACUGGCUGGACAUCUCCCUAUUAAAGUUGAGGAUGGAUACAGGACAGUCACAGAGGAACUGGCUGUCAAUACACUCAGGACACAGUCUUUACAAAGAGAGGAGUUUGAUGCCUUGAAAACAGAGUUAGCAGCAAUGCUGGGAUGAGAAGAAUUGUGGAACAGAUUGUCAUUGACAAUCAGCCUUAUACGUGUUUUGUGGACAUUUUAUAUAUGUUAUAUCUUGAUUUUAUUACCUCACUAUAUAAAGAGAGUGGGAGCUGAAUCCAACUCAAUUGGUAACGAUUCAAUGUCAAUUUGGGCCAAUUCCCAUACAUGUACAAGUGAUGUUACAGCAAUACUUGCAUUACACUGUAGUUUCAAAUUUCAGGAAAUAGGUUUGUUAAAGGUCACAAUUAUAUGUAAAGUGAUAAUUUUGUUGUUUCUGAUAUGAUAGCAUAAACAUGUGUUAGGUGAAAUGACUAUCGUGUUGGUUUGGACAUUGUAUUAUCAAUGUUUUCAGUGGAUAUGUCAAUGCAGGAAAAUAGGUGAAAUUCAUCUAACAUGUUAUUGACAAUCAGUGCACAUGAACAAGACUACAUAACAUUACUAGCUUAUAUUACUGUAUAUAGAUUCUACUAAACUGGAAUAAGUGAUCAAUUUUUAAAGAAACCAACUUUGUUUGGCAGAUUUGAGGUGUGCAUUGAAAAUGCUGGAAUUUUAAUCUUUUCAUUUGGUUUGCUUAACCUUCGAAGUGUCACAUAUAUUUAUAUGUGUUUUAGAAUCUGAUGUCAUGUAACAGCCUAACCUGAUGUUUAAGGUUAGAAGGGAAAACAGAAGAAAGGUGUUGUGUAUGAAAUAUUUAUCCAUUCUUAGACAAUGCAGAGAUGGCAGACUUCACCUUCUUCAUGUAGGUCAGAAGCAAACACACUGACGAAAGUGAUCGUCUUCAGUUCAUUUCUCAUGAUUACAUUGAUAUUUGUUGUAAAGGUAUCUUCAGAUUACCUUGUACAUUGUCUAACAUUUCCAGAUGAUCUGUUCUUCUCAAUCACGCAUCAUGCUGAAAACUUGUACUCAAUCUGACAAGAGUAAUUAAUGCUAAUUAAUCAGGUUAUAACAGAUUCUUUAUUGACACAACAAAAAAAA